GAGGAGGAAGCGGCGGCGCGCGCGGCGAUCGAGGACGAGGAGGCGGGGCACGACCAAGGAGCGUCCCCAGGCGCGCCCGGCGAGGACGCCCUGCUGGCGGCGGAGCUGCAAUCCGCCGACGCGGCGCACGCAGACCAUGACAUGCAGCAGCAGUACCAUCAGCACCACCACCACCAGCAGCACCAGCAGCACCAACAGCACCACCAGCAGCACCACCAGCAGCAGGCGGGCAGCGGCGGCGAAGAGCAGCUAGACGAGAGGCGCGCCCGCGCGCUCGACGACCACACCACGGCGGCGGCCGGCGCACUGCACGCGGGAGCCUACUUCCCCAGCAUGCGGCUGCGGGCGGACAGCUUCCCCGUGGGGCUGUACCACAUCAAGGCGGAGGCCGGCGGCAGCCCGGACCCCGCCGCCUCGCCCUUCCACCACCAGGUGGUGCCCGGCGGGUACACGUUCCGCGAGGACGCCAAGGACGGCCUGGAGGAGGCGCUGCCCGCGCCCUUCAAGGCGCAGGAGGACGACUUCCGGCGCGCCACCUACGCCUACCAGCACGCCACCGAGGAGUACUUGCGCCACCAGAGCGCG